AUGGCAGCGUUGCCCGAUCGCUCAACAGAACAAACGACGUCCUAUUCAGCUACCAAUAACUUGAUUUAUUCACUACGAGUUCUGAAACAAUCGCAUUUAACGUACUUGCGCCAUUUGCGCAUCAGACUCCUUGAAGGACUUGGAGACGGCAGGUUACGCAAUGAUGCGACCAUAGCACGAAGCAACUUCCUCAGCGACAGAUCCGAGACAAGCCCUACGCCCAGGCUCCAACAUCAACUGUGA